CACUGCCUGCUGCUUGCUGCCAUUCUGGCAUUACGUCAGUGGUUGGAGGUCCUAUUGGUUUUGGGAGGAGUUACCGUGACCGCCAUUGUUAAAACUCUUCGUCAUAUUACGGAACGUAUUGUGAAUCUGAUUUAUCCGCAUUUCUCAUAGCUCAUAUCGAGGCCGUGGAACCGUUUUCCGAGUGUAUCUUACGAGUGUGGACCAUAGAUAGACUUAUCAGCCAACGCAUUUUCAGCGUAGCAUGUCCACGAUGAAUCCCGAGUACGAUUAUCUAUUUAAAUUGCUUCUAAUCGGAGAUUCUGGUGUUGGAAAAUCCUGUCUCUUGUUGCGUUUCGCCGAUGAUACAUAUACAGAAAGUUACAUCAGCACUAUUGGCGUAGAUUUUAAGAUUCGAACUAUUGAUUUAGAUGGAAAAACGAUAAAGUUACAAAUCUGGGAUACGGCGGGUCAAGAACGGUUCAGAACAAUUACAAGUUCUUAUUAUCGUGGUGCGCAUGGUAUUAUUGUUGUUUAUGACUGUACAGAUCAGGAGACUUUUAACAAUGUAAAACAGUGGUUGGAAGAAAUCGAUCGUUAUGCCUGUGAUAACGUCAAUAAAUUGCUAGUUGGCAAUAAAUGCGAUUUACAUACUAAAAAAGUAGUAGAUUAUACAACAGCCAAGGAAUAUGCGGAUCAACUUGGUAUACCAUUUUUGGAAACAUCAGCAAAAAAUGCAAUGAAUGUAGAGCAAGCUUUUAUGACAAUGGCUGCUGAAAUAAAACUUAGAGUGGGUCCACCAUCAAGUGGAGCAAGUGAUCCAGCCAACAAGGUGAAAAUAGAACACGGGCGUCCAAUUGAAUCUUCUAAAUCUGGAUGUUGCUGAGAAAUAUAAUCUUGUGUCUCGUUUAACCAAAAACAUCCUAUGGUUGCGGUCCGGGCACUGCAAAAUUAAACUUAUUACUGGAAGUAUAAGAACAUACAUGGAAGUUUCAGUUUUGCCCCAACAACAAAAAGGGAAAAAAAUCUAACACACUCAUGGACCACCAACUCUUCUCUGGAGUUGUACGAAACUCAUGUUCGCCUGCUCUAAAAUUCCGUUUUUGUAGUUAUCUUUCUUUCCAAAGAAGAAAAAGCGUGGUUAAUCAACGUCAUUUUCUAGUAUCGAAUUUGACUUAAGAUAAAUUUAUUGAAUUAGUAUUGAUGAUAUCGAGCGAGUGUAGGUAUGCGUGUAACGGAGACAACUCGGUCUUGAAAAGUAAAUUGAAUAUUACUGCGUAUGGUGGUUGUUAAGAUAAGCACUUUAAUUUUCUUUUUUAGCCUAAUUAUAAUAUGUACAAUAGAGUAUGUGUUUGGCUCUAUAUAUAUAUAUAUAUAUAUACAUAUAUAUAUACACAUACAUACAUACAUAUAGCCGUUUCUACUCCUCUAUGUAAUAGUCCAAAACACUCCCAUUUUUCGUUUCGUUUUCUAUUCUGUAGAUAUGCAGAUGGUUAAAUCAUUUUUUUCUGGUGGAAUUACAUGAGCAAUGCACUUGUUCUUUUCUUUUCUCUAUAGUUAAAUAUAUGCGUAUAUGCAUACAUACAUACAUACAUAUAUAUAUGUAAUGUAAUUUAAUAAGUAUUUAAACUUAACUCUAGGAACAUUUACGUGGCAUACCUCUGUACAAACAUACAUAAUGUAGACUGGUAUUCAGUGAGCUCUUAUAUUUAAAACUGUCUUAGAUAUCUACUUAAGAUAUCAUAAAACAAUUACAGAGCUGUGUUAGUAUCUUAAGACAUUGUUUUAAGAUAGUUUUAAAAUAAUGAGUUAUGAAUACGAUUGCUAUACAUAUUUAUUUGUAUGUGUGUAUGCGCAUGCGCGCGCAAUAUAAAACAGAAAUGUCACUCGCAUGUACUAAAUCGAAUGAAAGAAAGCGGAAUCUUCGUUUGCAUCUUUGAAUUUUAUCAUUAAUUCUCGUCAUACUUUUUUAUAAUUCAGAUACAAUUCGAAAUUCAACAAAUGAAUCUGCAAGUUAAAGUUGCAGUUCUGAAGAGAAAAUGGAAAUAUUUUAUACAAAAGUUAAAAAAAAAGAUUACAAUUACUUGUAACCCAAAUUGUAGCUUUGUAUUGUGAAAAAGCUAUUUAUGACGGGUAUACGAUAUAAUGGCAUUCGAAAAGUUAUAAAUAUUUAAUAGCAACUGUAAUUAUAUAAAAUAUAUAAUAAUAAACAAUUAUCUAACGGAAGUCGCAUUCUUUAAAUUGGGGUAUCAUUGGGAUAUAAUUUGUUUUGAUAAGCAUAUAAUGUGUUUGCAUAUGUAUGUAUGUAGAUAUAUGUAUGUAUAAUAUCUAUUCAUUAAUGUUAUAAAACUAGUAAUUGAAAACUGUAAAUAAUAAGACUUGAGCAGUAAUGAAUCGGUCAAUCAAGAUAAAAAUUAUCGAAAUUAUUGUUUUAAAACUCAUAAUUUUAAUUGGUUUAAUUGUUUUAAUUGGUUUAAUUUGUUCACUGCUUAAGUCCUACUACUUGCAUUUUUUAUGAAUCAUUAGCCUAUCUUUAAGCGCAGAAAAGUGUAAGCGAAAGAAACAGUAUAAGGUAUGUUCCAUUUUGUAUCCAUAACGUUCUCAAUAUUAUUUUGUUAUCUAU